AUGACGGUGUUUUGUGUGCUCUUUGCCGUGUUGCUCGGCAGUGGUCUUGGAACUGUGAUCCCCGACGACGGAAUACUUGAAGAUGUUUCCGGAACGAUUCUUGUUCGUCGCGGGAAAAGGUCCUACGAUCAAAUUGUUCUCAACGCUUCGAUGGAGGAAGAACAAGUAAGUAUUAGUUACGGACAAAUGCGUCUGAGAGAGAAGGAGGUCAUAGAAAACGAAUUGGUGUCACAGCAAUUGACGAUCCCUGCCGGAUUCCCUAGCUACGUGCAUCAGAACCUCCUCAAGAGUUCUCACCCGAGUUUCGCAGCAGCAGCAAGCUCUGGCUAUGUGACAGAUCACGCCACUCUCUUCCUCGCUGAUCAGCUCCGUCUAGAACAACACGAAGUAGCUUUAAAAAUCCUGCUAUCAGAACAAUUGGCCCAGGACCAGCUUUGCGAUCAGGACCUAGCUUUGUCGGCCUGCACUCUUUUCAUGUCCUACAGGUCCAAUAACGGCAUCUGUAACAACUUGGCCAAACCCUUUUGGGGAAGUAUUUUAAGGCCCUUCCGUCGUGUUGCUCCACCUCACUACGGUAACGGAGUGUUUUCCUUUCCUACAACUAAGGAAGGGCGACCAUUUCCCAACGCCCGCCUCGUUAGUUUGAGGGUCAACGAUAUCCAGCCAAACAGGGAAUCUUCUCUCCUCUCCGUCCUUCACAUGACCUACGGGGAAUUUCUCAACCAUGACCUUACCUUCGUGCCUUUGAAUAUAGGUCUUGAUGGUAAGGCGAUUCCUUGUUGUCCUGAGACCCAGGGCAGCGGCAGUGGCGAUCCUAUCCCCCACCCUGAGUGUGCCCAAAUAUACAUUCCCACAGGGGACACUUUCUACAGCAGAUUCAACAAGACGUGCCUGGAGUUUGUCCGCUCGGCACCCGCCUUACGUUGCAAGUUUGGUCCACGAGAACAGAUAAAUGAGCAGACAGCACACAUCGACGGUUCUCAGAUCUACAGCAGUAUAAAUAUAAUAGGGAAUACCCUGAGAACGAGGACGGAUGGUCUGCUUACCACUCAGACGAUUCAUGGUGAAGAAUUUCUCCCAGCGAACCUAGAUACGUCAAAUUAUUGCAAUAAAGAAGAAAAAGCUGAUAAGAGACAGUAUUGUUUCAUGGCUGGGGACUCGAGAGUGAACAAACAUCCUCUGCUUGUUCUGCUCCACACCGUGUGGAUGCGUCACCACAACCACAUAGCGUCUCGUCUGAAGAACAUCAAUCCUUCUUGGAAUGAUGAAAAGCUGUUCCAGGAGGCCCGCCGAAUCGUGGGUGCUCAGCUCCAACAUGUCACCUACAACGAGUACCUGCCGCCCAUCUUCGGUUGCGGGAUACUCUGUGCCGGACAACGUUGCCCGGCAGCCGAGCGCCAAAGGCGCGAGCUAAGCAUUUCAGGAGGUGAUGAAAUUAGUAGAAAAUUCAAGCUAAAACCUUCGAAGAAUAGGACGCAAACACACAUUUACGGCCCAAAGUUAAAUGCUGCUAUUAGUGCUGAAUUUGCAACUGCUGCUUUCCGGUUUAGACACAGUCAGAUUCCCGGUCACAUGGAGAGAGCAGAUAACUUGGGCGACAUUUCCUUUACCGAGACGUCUUCGGCGUACAUGGACCCGUUUAUCAUGUAUACGAAGGAUGCAAUGCCGCAGCUGUUGCGAGGGGCAGUUCGACAGAGCGCGACUGACGUUGACCUCUUCUUUAGCCGGCAAGUGGCGGGCAAACUCUACAAAGGGCACAACAUGGUUGGAGUCGAUUUGGUAACCGACAACAUACAGCGGGGGCGUGACCAUGGCAUUGCCUCAUACACGGCACUCAGAAACGCAUGCCACUUGUCUCCCAUCACUAGCUUUGCUGAUCUCUCGGGAAUAAUGGAUGAUGAAGUGAUCGAUACUUUUGAGAAUCUAUAUAGUGAUGUGGAAGACAUUGAACUGUAUGUCGGUGGCUUGGCUGAACACCCGGUAGAAGGAGGAAUAGUAGGUCCCACCUUCGCUUGCAUUCUGCUGGACCAGUUCCUGAGGCUAAAGCACGGCGAUAGAUUCUGGUACGAGACUGAAGACGACAACGCAAAGUUCACGGAGGGGCGAAUUUGCCAGAAACAACAUUUUGUGUUUCUAGUCUCCUCAGAUGCGCCAUUAACAGUUGAUUACCUACUCCCUGAAUACCUUUGUUAUGCGUCAUCGACCAGUCUGCACUAUCAUUCGAUUGCGCUGCGCCAUUUAUGGUUCCAUCGUUGGCGCAACCAGCGACCGAUCGCGCUGUACCAACGAUGGACGCUGAUUAGUGGAAUUACCAAUAAUACAUCAGCUGGUGAAAAAAUGGCAAUGAUGGACUCCUAUGAUGCACAGAGCUUUGUAUUAAGUACUUUUUAG